AUUCAUCACGGCUUGUGGCUGCUGGGUGUGUGGACUCAUGAGGAUAUUGUGAUUGGCCUCAUCCACAUUCGAAUAAGCCUAAUUAGGGAUACGACUACGAUAAUAUUGUGGUUUUUGUGGUAGAAUUGAACAGAUCAUACUACUUGGAAUUUAAGUCUUUUUGUCGGUCUUAUGGGUACUUAGUUAGUACCCUAUCAUUCAAGAUGCAGAGACUCAUGAUGCUGUUAAUAAUUUUUUCCAUAAUAUACGGUGUAUUUUCCUUCAAUUUGGAAGCCCGGAUACCUGUUAUCAAAAGGGGCUCACCAGGUUCAUAUUUUGGUUACUCCGUUGCUGAACAUCAAGAAAUAGCUGAUGAUAAUAAAUCCACAAGUUGGAUGUUGAUCGGUGCACCAUUGGAUCAAAACUUGCAACCAGGAACCAAUAAGUCUGGUGCGUUAUGGCAAUGUCCUUUAACAACGUAUAAUAAUGACUGCAUCCAAGUUGUUACUGAUGGAAGACAUGCUGAAAUACCAAGUAAUUCAAUUAUUGAAUCCGAAGAAUUGGUGAAACCGAGCAAUGACGAAAUAAAAGACAAUCAAUGGCUGGGAGUAACUGUUCGAAGCCAAGGUGUUGGUGGUAAAGUAAUGGUUUGUGCUCAUCGUUACAUCGUUAAAACGCCAGAUUCUCGUUGGGGUCAAGGUCUCUGCUACAUUUUGUCUCAGAACUUAAAAUAUGAAGAAGUUAAGAAGCCUUGUUCAGGGAGACCAACAAACAAAGCCCACGAACAGUUUGGUUAUUGCCAGGCCGGCACCAGCGGACUGCUGACUUCCGAAGACCGUGUGCUAAUAGGUACCCCAGGCCCACAUACUUGGAAAGGAAAUUUAUUCCUUUUCGCUGUUUCCGAGGAUUUUCUCGAGCGAGACCACACCAUUUACUAUGCUCCAAUGCAAGACGCCUCUCCCGUUGAUAAAUACAGCUAUUUAGGUAUGUCAGUAGCUGUAGGCAAAUUUUUCGGAGAUGCUAUAUCCUAUGCCGCUGGUGCACCACGGUCAAAUGGAACAGGUCAAGUCGUUCUUUUGUCCAAACUCGACAAGCAGGCUGAAAUGAAUGUGGAUUUAAUUUUGGAUGGAGAACAGUUUGCUUCGAGUUAUGGUUACGAGAUAAUGUCUGCUGAUGUUAAUGGAGACAAGAUCGGAGAUCUCAUAGUGGCUGCGCCAUUUUAUUUCAAAAAAGCCGAGGGCGGAGCGGUGUACAUUUACACACUGCUUUGUAAAAAUCCAAAGGAAAAUCCAAAAUGCAAUAAACCUGUUAAAUUAAUUGGUCACGAAGAGUCAAGAUUUGGGUUUUCUUUGACAAAUUUGGGAGAUUUAAAUAAAGACGGUUACGAAGAUAUUGCAAUUGGCGCGCCUUACGAAGGAAAAGGAGCGGUUUAUAUCUAUCUUGGAUCAAAGGAUGGUAUAAUAACUUCACCGUCUCAAGUGAUUCAUUCUCAUCAAAUGCCAACUUCACUUAGUACGUUUGGAUACUCUUUGAGUGGUGGCAUAGACAUGGAUCAAAACGGAUAUCCAGAUCUCCUAGUUGGAGCUUAUGACAAUGAUGCAGUAGUUCUUCUUCGGGCAAGGAAAAUCAUUGAUAUUACAACCUAUAUUAGGUACCUUAACAAAAAUAUGACAUAUCAGGAGAAGAUCGCUCCUAUAGACCCAAACAAAGUUGGCUGCCCAACUGAUCCUAGCUCUAAUUAUACAUGCUUCUCAUUUGAAGCUUGCUGCAAAACUGCGUCUUUGGUGAGGGAUGAAGAUAUGCAGAAUCUUAAACUGAAGUAUUCCAUUGAAGCUGAAACUUACUCAGGUGUAAGAAAGUUUUCUAGAGUUUGGUUUAAAAACGACAGUGUGCGUCCAAAUUUUAUUAGUCGCACUGUAACUCUUGAUCCAUCGAAAUUGGAGCAUUGCCAAGUAGAUACCGUUUACUUAAAGGAAAACACGAGAGAUAUUCAAUCUCCCAUCAAAUUCCGAUUUAAUUAUACGCUAAUUCAAGAACAGCCAGUUAUGCCUGCUGAGGGGGCUCCGUUACCGGAAAUAAGAAAUUUUCCUAUUCUAAAUCAACAAGAAGCUGCCCGAAUCUUUGAAGCUACUUUCCAGAAGGAAUGUGGGCCAAAUGAUAUUUGUGAAAGUAACCUUCAACUGAGUGCGAAAUUAAAUCUAUCAGCAUCAAUCAUAAAGCCGAAUUUCUACGAACUGUUACUUGGAGAAAAAGAGGAAGUUGUGGUAGAAGUAAAUGUUACAAAUAUCGGAGAAUCCGCCUAUGAAGCUCAACUUUUCAUAAAACAUUCUGCAAACUUAAAUUAUAUUGCUAGUAAAAGUAACGAUUCGGGGAUCUGUAAUUUACAUAAUACUACCUUAGUGAGUUGCUCAAUUGGCAACCCGUUCAAAAUGAAUAAGUCGGUAAAUAUCCAAAUCAGAUUCGACCCCAAAGGGUUGGAGGACAAUGAGUCGCAACUCGGAUUUGUAAUUUUUGCUAAUUCUACGUCGAAAGAAGUAAGUGAGAAGGAACCUAUUACCCUUCGAGCCACCGUUCUCAAGAGGGCUGAAUUAUCUAUCACAGGAAGCGCAAAAACGCAAUGGGCCUUCUAUGGUGGACCCGUAGUCGGUGAAUCUGCUAUAAAACAUCUGAAUGAAGUCGGACCUAGAGUGUCACAUGUCUAUGAAGUGUUUAACGAAGGACCUUGGAAAGUCAGUAGUGUCGAAGUUCGUAUAUCAUGGCCCUACGAAGUCGCAAAUGACAAGCCUCACGGAAAGUGGUUACUUUAUCUGGAAGAAUUGCCAACCGUACAAGCAUUGGGAGGCGGAGAAUGUUCAUUACCACCAGGACACAGUGUGAAUCCAUUAAAAUUACAAGGUAGUUUUGGUCUCGAUGAUAUGGAAACUCUCUUUCCUACGUCUACCGCUGUCCCGAAUAUGAAAAAUUAUCCAAAUCACACAAAUAGUAUCCGAGAUAGACGAGAUACUGAAAAAGUAGUGAAUACUAAGACCACCAUUGAUAAAGAUGGUCAUAGACAUCAGGUUGUUUCUAUGAAUUGUGAAGCGUCGACAGCAAAGUGUUUUGAUAUUACGUGUAUCAUUUACAAUCUUCAACGUAAACAAGAGGCAGUCAUAACUCUGAAAGCUAGGCUGUGGAAUUCAACGUUAGUAGAAGAUUAUCCGAGAGUGGAUAUGGUGAAGAUUGGAUCAAAUGCGAAAAUAAUAAUUCCGCCUCAGGUUGUGAUACAACAAGAAAAUCUCAAGGACGAUCAAGGAAUCGCAGAAACCAUAGCGUACCCAGAUCUACUGGAUCAGCAGGAUUCCGAGCCUGUCCCAAUAUGGAUAAUUAUUGUAGCUAUAGUUGCAGGUUUGUUGCUCCUCAUUUUGUUGACGUUAGUGCUUUGGAAACUUGGAUUUUUCAAAAGACGUAGACCAGACCCAACCCUAUCUGGUAAUCUUGAGAAGCAUAGGGACGACAACCCGGAAAAUGAAGCACUGUUCAAGCACUGAGGUACUUACAUUAUUUUUUAUUGAAAAGAUACUGAACGCUUCUAGUAUUUGCCUUUAGCUAUUAGCUAAUUAUUCAGAGAUAAAGCGCGAUGAAUGAAUUCUGGUAAUUGCAUAUUAUUGAUAUGUUAUAGUUUAAUUGUUGAAAGUUUAAGAAAAAAAAAUUACCUAAAGGCCAAUUGUUAUUAUCUCAAUUGUGAUAAUGAUUUUGGUUCGAUUAUUUCUGAAUAGAACUAAUAUCUUUAUGGAAAAUAUUUUCCAAUAUUAUAUUUAUAUCUACAAAUAUUAAUAAGCUUUCAAAUUCUGCAUUUGAUUAUGCAAUCGUAAUACUACUUCUUUACAUUUUACUUCAUAAAAGUGAUUGAAAGACCGUUUGAUUUCGAUUAUUGAUACGAUACAGCAGCUGAACUGAAUGGUGUACGAAGUAACUGUAGUUAACUUUUUUUUUUUCUUUUUUAAAAUCUUUUAUCGCUUUUAUACUAAUGCCAUAAAUAAUGUAUUUAUUUUUCUAUUUUUGACUGAACUUUUUAUUUAGGAUAAAUGAAUUUAUGUAAAUAUUAGAGGCCACUUGAUAAAAUUCGAAAAGAUUAUAAAAUACUUUUUUGCAACAAUCGAUAUUUUCGUAUAUUUUAUAAUACAAAUAAGACUAUAAAGUGCCUUCAAUUUUAUCCAUUUCAUGUUAAAUUCCUAUUUAUCUCAACUAUAUCAUUUUUUUCUUUUACUUCUGACUAGUUUGUCAAAGUUUUCCGUUGAUUGGAACAACAAAGUUUAGAUAAUAACAAGAACGAAUAAUUGCAUUAAAAAAGGAAAAAAAUCAAAGUUUGAAUAUUUAAGUCAUAACAUGGAAUAACUAAAAAAUCAAUAACGUCAACCUUAAAUUAGUUAUAACUGUGGUAAGACUGAUGCGAUGUUUUUUAUCACGUAAUCGAAUAUUUUGCUUUAGCUGAGGAAGCCUUGGCCACAAAUAUAAGUAAAAUGUAAAGAAUUGCAGUUAAAUUUUAUUAUUCUUUGGAAAUUUAUUGUAAAUUUUUACUAAUCCUUGUAGUCAUAAAAAAAAGAAAAGAAAACAUCGUACAAGAUCUCUAGCAAAGGGUCUUGGGGAUGGUUAUGUUAUGAUGAUCAUAUUUCAUCUUUUAUCGGUACAAAGACCCACGUUACGUACUGUGAGAUAAAGUAAAUUAAUAUUUAUUUACUAUUCGCACUUACAGAUCAACUGCGCUCUCGAGCAUCAGUUGUUCUUUAUUACGAUGACUACUUUCUCUCGAAAGUGCAAAACGUUCUAUAAGGGGAAAAAAGAAAGAAAAAAAAAAAACGGCCGUUAUGAUAUAAAGCACAAAAUUUUACGAAUGAUUCUUGUUUUAUUUUACAAUUUUUUAUGUUAAUAACAUACCCACAUUUACUUAUCAUUUCGUAUAAUUUUACUUAAUUAUUACGUAGAAAUAAGUGCGUUUAUGCCUAAUUAUUUAAUAUUUCUAACAUUGCAGCUUCGAUAGCGAUAUUUGUAUGAUCUUGUAUUGAUUGCAUCUCUAGUUCUUGAUCGAUAAGAACUGGACUACUUUCAGUAUUCGAAAAUUAAUAAUAAUAAUCACAGUAAAUGCAGAUCAAUGAUCGCUUUCUUUAAAUAAAAUUUCAUCAAUGGCAGCAACUAUAAAUCAUAAUACCUUGGAGAAAUUUUUGGAAACAAACGUGGGUUUUGAUAGUUUACGUUUGGUGUAUUUCCCAUUAUUUCUUCAAUUCAAGUUUGAGUAAAUACAAAACAUAAGAAUAAUAAUAACAAUAAUUAUUAUGAUAAUGAUACUUGUAAAAUCACUACCAUAUUAUACAUAUCACUGCCAUAUAAUAUUAUUUACUACUUCUGGAAUAAAAUAUUACAUUCCUUGAAGUAAAUAAAUAUGAAAACUACUUCACCAACUAGAUAUAAACAUUUGUAAUGUCAGUCUCUGAUAACGAUUUAUAUUUGAUACUUUACGAUUGCAUUUAUACAGGGUAUAUUCGGCACAAAUUUAGUCACUUGUGUAAUUUAUAACGCACAAUCUAUUAGAAGCAGAAAAUCAGUAAUCGCUUGUAAAAUUGAACACGAUUGAAUAAUUGGAAAUUCUCACGAACUUAUGACUCGUAACUAAUCUCGUGUAGUACUAAUUUUUAACGAGUCUUCCAACUAAUUUUUUUUCACAUUUCUAUGAAAUUUAUACCUGCAAAUAAUUUCAGUGCAUAGAGAGAAUAGAUUUGUUGUAGUAUCUAUAUGAGAAUAAAGACCGGUUGAGCUGACUGUCUAUUUGCAUAAAAACCUUGUAAACGAUCGCACAUGUACAUAUUUUAAUUCAUUGAAGUACGUUAGUCGCAUGGCUCGCAUAACUGAAUCUUGGCUGCUUCGACGAAUAAAUGGAUUAUACGUCCUGCUCAAUACUUGCACUAAUCGACUCAGCCAAGCUUUAUUGCUAAUGAUAAUCGGCAUUUGUAUUUAAACACGGGAUAUUCAAUUCCUAUGUUACAUUGAUGCUAUGAUUUCGAAGUUUGAGAAUAAGUUAAAAUAACCAAUAUAAUGAUACUGCUUACAUUAAAAAAAUAUUUAGAUUAUAUCAUCUUUAGCGUGUUAUCAAGUACAAGUUUAAUUGAAUGUUUAUGAAAAUUAAUUUUUUGCAUAUACUUCUGGAAUGCUAUUGACUGGGUCAGAACACCCUAAUAUUUAUAGUGUCACGUUUCUCAUCUAGGCACUUCCUUUAUCAAUUUUUUUCUAGAAACAAAGAAUUGGUAUACUCCAAUGUUUUGACUCGGGGCCAAAAAUUUUCUUGAGAAUAUAGCAAAAUUUCGUAAGCAUCUCUGAACUUAAGAAAUUGUCUGAAAUUUUGAGCUUUAAUUAGAUUGUUGACUAGCCAUUUAUUUGUACUCAAAUCUAAUCGAAACAAGCACAGAUAACUUCUAACUGACUCAAAUUUUACCGGUAUACUAAAUUCAAUAUUUAGUCACAUCAAAAUAGAGCAGCAGAUGAAAUUUUUUAAUUUUCAUUUCAGUUAAUGUGAAACGCAUUACCGUGCAAAGCUUUCAACAUCUUGUUACAAAUAUUAUAAUUUUGUACUUAAUUUUAUGUAACCUACGGAUUAUAAAUGACCAUAUGGUGCUGCAAUUUAAUACGUCUAAGUACGGAUAUAAAAUUCAAUAAAAAAUCUUAAUUGAAAUAUA